ACGGUGACACGUGACGAGACUCACUUCCUCUAAAUUAAAGACUUGCACUCUUCCUCUCUCUCUCAUUUUGAUCGGUGGCAGGUUGAGGAAUGGCGGGGACGAGAAUCACCAGCAUAGCAGGCCCUGGGACGCAGCCUCCUUUGAUCCACCCCAGCCAGCUGACCGGCGCGGCCCAGGGUGCAGUGCAGAUGCGCAUCAAGGCCUCCCAGAGCCCAGGGGAGCGCCUCAGCCAGACCAAGUCCAUGGUCCUGACCGAGCCUGAAUCACCACUGAAGCCUAUUUCUCGUCAUCGCAGGAACCAGUCGCAGCACGGCCUGGGCAUCAGUGAAGCCCUGGACAACCCUGGGCUUUUGAAGGGUGAAUAUUUAAACAAAGCUAAAAUAUCUGACGGGGGGAAGAAACUGAGGAAGAACUGGACCACUGUCUGGGUGGUGUUGGACUCAGAGCAACUGCUGCUCUACAAAGAGAGCAAGCAAGAGGCUUUAACCAAUUUGAAACCUGGAAACAAGCCUGAAGGAGUGGACCUGUGUGGGGCUGUCAUAGACUGGACCACAGAGAAAUCUAGCAGGAAGAAUGUGAUUCAGAUAACAACCAGUUUGGGAAGUGAGUUUCUUCUCCAAGCUGACAGUUACCCUACAAUCUGUAAAUGGCACGAUGCUGUAAAACAGAGAGUUGACAGCUUGUCCGGGGCAGCCGGGGGGCCUGCUGGUGGCAGGGGGGGCCUGCGGAGGUCAAACAGCUCAGAGUACCUGCCAAGAACCAGCCGCUCUCUGCCAAGAGAUGGCCCUGUCCGCUCGAGCACCAAGGAACGCAAACCUGGAAACAGACACUCGAUCCUUCCCAAGCUCAACUACAGCGCUUCAGACAGUGCCGACAAAAACGGUGUGAAGAACAGACUGAAGAAGUUCAUCACCAGGCGGCCUUCUAUGAAGACCCUGCAAGAGAAAGGCAUCAUCAAAGAUCGAGUGUUUGGGUGCCACUUGUUGACACUUUGUGAGAGGGAAGAAACGCUGGUGCCAAGGUUCGUCAAGCUGUGUGUGGAGGCUGUCGAGAAGAGAGGCUUGGAAGCUGAUGGCAUUUACAGAGUUAGUGGUAAUCUGGCAACUAUCCAGAAGCUCCGGUUCUUGGUUGACCAAGAGGAAGAGCUUGACUUGGACGACAGCCAAUGGGAGGACAUCCACGUCGUCACCGGGGCGCUCAAGAUGUUUUUCCGGGAGCUGCCAGAGCCUCUGUUCCCCUUCCGAUUCUUCGACCAGUUCGUGGAGGCCAUCAAGACCAAGGAGCUUAAGCCCAAGGUGCAGGCCCUGAAGAAGCUGGUCCUGCAGCUCCCCAAACCCAACCAGGAGACCAUGAGACUGCUCUUCAGACACCUGCGGAGAAUCCUGGAAUGCUCGGUGAAAAACCUUAUGUCGACCCAGGGCAUUAGCAUCGUGUUCGGACCUACGCUGAUGUGGCCUGAACUGGACUGUGGCAACAUGGCGUUCAACAUGGUGUACCAGAACCAGAUCGUGGAGUUUAUCCUCAUGGAGAGUGUGGAGAUCUUCAGUCUGGAUAGCAAAUGACAUGGACUCCUCUUGUUCAUCGCACACCUCCACAGACUGGAGGUGGUAUUGAGAUACAAGUUUACAGCUAGUUUAGAGGCUGUAAAGCCAAUAGUUGUAUUUUAUCAGUGUUCAGAGAUGAUAUGUCAUUUAUUCAUGACUGAUAUAUAUUCAUGCCAUAUUUCAUUUUUAUCCAUGGUAUACUUUCAUCCCAGUGCUCAGGUUGGGAUUCCUGACUUUCAGAGAGAGUGAAGGCUUUAAAACUAUGUGCUUUUCUGAGGGUGAUAUGAUUCAUGCCUGUGUGUGUGUGUGUGUGUGUUUGUGCGCGUGCAGAUGUAUGCAGAGGUGUGUGAGAGUGUGUUAUUCAACCGUUAAGAAGAGCACCAAACUUUGAACAAACUUCAGUUUCUUGAUUUUGUUUUGAUAAUAAAAAACAAGUCUA